AUGUGUGGUUUGAAUGAAUCUCUAUUCGUGGAAACGGCACAAUCCAUGUCCAAGAAUGGACUUCUGGCGGCUGGAUAUAACCGUAUCAAUCUUGAUGACUGCUGGAGUACCUUUGGAAGAGCCCCCAAUGGAUCUAUGGUCGUCAACUCGGAAAAGUUUCCAAAUGGUCUUCCAUGGUUAACAGGCUAUCUUAAAUCGCUUGGUUUCACUCCCGGUAUCUAUACUGAUGCAGAGACUAAGAGCUGUGGAGGCUAUCCAGGAGCUUAUGGUUACGAAGAAAUAGAUGCCAAAGACUUCUCUUCCUGGGGAUUCGAAUACCUGAAACUCGAUGGCUGCAACAUGCCAACAGGAACCGAAAAGGAAUAUAAAGAGGUGUAUGGAAAAUGGCAUGGGAUACUAAGCAAACUACCCAAACCCAUGGUUUUCAGUGAAUCAGUCCCGGCGUACUUUGCCGAAGCUGCGAAUCUGACCGAUUGGUACAGUAUCAUGGGAUGGGUGCCAGAGUACGGAAAUCUUGCUCGACAUUCAAGAGAUAUCGUGGUAUUUAAUUCUACUCUUUAUUGGCCGGAUAUUACAGGUUGGGGUAGCAUCAUGUUCAAUUAUGGUCAAGAAGUUCGUCUCGCGAGAUAUCAGAGGCCUGGGUAUUUUAAUGAUCCUGACUUUUUGAACGUCGAUCAUUUCGACUUGAGUCUGGAUGAGAAGAAGUCUCAUUUUGCCAUAUGGUCUGCUUUCUCUCUGCGCCGCUGAUAAUCAGUGCCUACAUUCCUGAUCUAUCUGCUGCAGAGCUCGAGUACCUCACGAACAAGGAUAUCAUUGCUGUGGACCAAGAUGCUUUAGGGUUGCAGUCCACGCUUGUUAGCCAGGAUGUUUUGACGAAGCAAUUGGAAGAUGGAGAUAGGUUGCUUACAAUUGUCAAUGUUGGAAGCUCGCCGGCCAGUUACAGUUUGUCUUUUGAGAGGAUAGGGAUACCAGAUGCAAAAUCUGUGGCAGUCAAAGUUUGUGGACCGGCGAGACAACUAUGGUCUCGGGCAAAGUCACAGUUUCGAUCUUUCCUUCACAUGGGACUGCAAUUCUUCGACUUUCCCCCAUCCGGGGGACUUUUGGCGCUGUCAUUCCCACAGGAAAAGUGUUCAACACUUUCUCCCUCUCGACCUUGUCAGCCACUUUUAAAAAUGUCACUUGGGCGAAUUCGACGGGUAAUGAUGGACAGAUCUGGCAAGCCAAAGAUGAUUCUAGACUAUCGCCUAUCUCGGAUCCGUCGCAGUGUCUCACGGAAUUCCAUAUGGGCAAGAUCGGAUUAUCGAGGUGCAAUAGGAAAUUUGGUGGUCAACAAUGGGAGUACUUGUACUCAGGAAAUUUGAGAAAUCUUCGUUCUAAGGAAUGCCUGACAGAGUCAGCAACAGGAGGUGUUACGAUGCAAAAGUGUUUGUAUUUGGAUAAUAGUCAGGUGUUUGCCCUGCCGAGUGGUGUGAAGGUGCUUAAAAAGUAG